CUUUGUCACCAGAAAAUAUCCAAAUCUACAGCGAUUUUUCUCUCUCACGAUUUUCUUUAAUUCUCUAUUCAAGAUCUUUAUUGUGAUAUCAAAGAUAAAGUUUGUCCUCCGGCGACGGCGACUUUGACGUAGACGUGCUAUUUCGAGUUGGAGAUGACCGGCAACGUGUUACUGAGUGAUUUUGUGGAGCAGGAGGAGAGUUCAAUUAUGGAAUCCCAGAAAAAGGAACCAUCAGAAUGGACAAAUGAGAAGCAUAGUUUAUAUCUGAAGUCAAUAGAAGCAUCAUUCGUUGACCAAUUAUACAACUCUUUAGAUCUACAAAGCUAUCAAACACAAAAAACCUCCACCUCAAAUGCAAUUUCAUUUUGGAAAAACCACACCAAUGCUCCACGUAUCCCUUCUGGCCAGUUUAAAGUUCAUCAGGGUGGCUGUUGGUCAAAGAAAAAGUUCAUGAAAGAAAAUACACAACUGAAAGAUUCAGAAAGAUCCCAUGUUUCUUUAAGCAAUCCAUGGAUCCAACAUUUCACAAAUGGAAACAGACAUGGAGCUAUGACAUCAGCAUCCCCUUCCCUCCAUGAAAGCGUAUCAUCAUCAACUGAAACUUCACAGCAAAAUCCUGUUCCUGAAUCUGAUAGUAAUACAGAGGUGACGGAUCAAAAUUUUGUUGAAGACCUAUCAAUCGAGAAGACAAACACAAACAGACCAAACAACACAAAAAGGAAAAGAACAACUACAGUCGCUAAUUCAAGCAAUGAUCAGGUGGUUCCUUUUUGUACUUCUCCUACAAUUGCAAAAAAUAAGGCCUUAUAAAAAGAUGUUGAAGAUGAGGAAUUUAUAUGUUGUUCAAUGGUGAUGAAUUAACCCAUGCUACUCUUCUUAAAGACUUGGUAGUAAAGUUGUACAUGAUAUGGAAUAUGGUAAACCAGAAGAUGAGUCAAAGACUUAAAACACAAACAAACAUGUUCUACUCACUCAGAAAUUGGAAAAAUCAAGAUAGUUAGGUCGUUCUUUCAUUAGUUUAAAUUGCCAUCUUGUUACUUCAUCCAUCAAUCCUAGCUUGAAGAAAAUCAAAUGGUUUUAGGUGGCUAUUUUGCUUUGUUUAGUAAUAAAUGUUUGCAAUUAUGCAAGCUUGAUGUAACAAUAACAAUAUGAAG